GCCUCCAGCCAGCUCUGGAGAUUUACUUUGGGCGGUGGGGUCCGCGGAUCUCGGCUGGGUGCGCGCCCGCUCUUUCUUUUCUCUGUGCUGCGGAGAAGGUUGGGGGAAGGGCCCGAGGCCGCUGCGGCCCAGGCUUGCGUAGCUUUUUCUUCUGCAAAGUGACCAGGUUGCUCCCUUCCGUGUCCCAUUACCCUGCCUGGGUAUCCACCGCGGAGAAUUAGACCGUUUCCCCCGGUGUACCGCGCUUCCAGAGUCCUGAGAAGCCUGUGAAUAUGAGCUGUCCCUUUUCGUGCGGGACGCGCCGCCCCUCUUCCUCCUCUUCGGGGCAGUAUUCAGCCAGAGAGAAGAAACAGAGAUUGACCACUUAAGAUGUGAAAGUUCCUCUUCUAAAGGAUUGUUUUUGCAAGAUGGAUCGGAGUAAGAGAAAUUCAAUAGCAGGAUUUCCACCACGUUUGGAGCGCAUUGAAGACUUUGAUGGGGGUGGCGGAAGUGAUGGGACCAUGUCCCAGAUGGGCAGAGUUUGGACUUCUUCAUAUAAGGCCUUGAUAAGUGCCUUUUCAAGACUUACAAGACUUGAUGACUUCUCCUGUGAGAAAAUAGGAUCUGGUUUCUUCUCUGAAGUGUUCAAGGUGCGACACAGAGUAUCGGAUCAAGUAAUGGCCCUGAAAAUGAAUACACUAAGCAGCAAUCGUGCAAACAUGUUGAAAGAAGUCCAGCUCAUGAACAGGCUUUCACACCCAAACAUAUUAAAGUUUAUGGGUGUCUGUGUACAUCAAGGACAAUUGCAUGCCCUUACUGAGUAUAUCAACUAUGGUAACCUGGAGCAGUUGUUAGAUAGUAAUCAGCACUUGCCCUGGACUGUGCGAGUAAAGCUGGCAUUGGAUAUUGCUCUUGGACUCAGUUAUCUUCACUAUAAAGGAAUUUUCCACCGAGAUUUGACUUCCAAGAACUGUUUAAUAAAGAAUGAUGAGAACAGAUACUCUGCUAUAGUGGGUGAUUUUGGCUUGGCAGAGAAAAUUCCUGACUAUAGUGAGAAGUUGCCAGUGGUAGGUUCUCCUUACUGGAUGGCACCUGAAGUGCUGCGAGAUGAGCCAUAUAAUGAAAAGGCAGAUGUGUUCUCAUAUGGGAUCAUUCUUUGUGAGAUUAUAGCAAGGAUCCAGGCAGACCCAGACUAUCUCCCACGAACAGAGAAUUUUGGACUGGAUUAUGAUGCCUUUCAGCACAUGGUGGGAGACUGUCCCCCCAACUUUCUCCAGUUAGCCUUCAACUGCUGCAAUAUGGACCCAAAGUUACGUCCUUCAUUUGCUGAUAUUGUCAAAACACUGGAGGAAAUUCUAAGCAAUUUGAAAAGAGAAGACGACGAAAGAGAACGGAAACUUCUAAAUCUGGACACUACAGAUCGAAAACCCAUCUCUGUUUCCAAAGGAUUGCUAGAGAGAGGACAAGGUAUCAAAAGACUCAGUUCAUUGGAUGACAAGAUUCCACCGAAAUCACCCCGACCACGGCGCAACAUCUGGCUAUCACGUAGUCAGUCAGACAUCUUCUCUCGGAAACCUUCCCGCAAGAUAAAUGUUCAGGACCCAUAUUAUACGCCAAGCAAAGGGGCAAGUCGAAAAGUCAACCCCUUCAAUUCUAGGGAAGACUUGAAAGGGGGAAAGAUAAAAUUUUUUGACUUGCCUAGCAAAUCUGUGAUAUCACUUGUAUUUGACUUGCACUCUCCAGAAGCAAGAGGAAGUCUAAAGAUGAGUCAGCCGCUGUUCAAGCAGACCUAUGCCUGUGAUUGGCAAGACUCCUCUUUCCUUCCUGGGAGGCGAAGCAGAUCACUUCCAGUUUCUCCUGAAUUUGUCCAUAAAGAUUAUAGUACAUUUGGAGAUCUCUCUUCAACAGUUAGUAGGUGUGAUCCCACCCAGCUAGGGGCUGAGGUGCGACAGAGGCUACUAAGCAGUAGUAAAUAUGGUGUGUCUGAGAUCCCUCCCUUUCAGGUUAAACAACGUAGGCAGGACUCUCAUCCUCCACUUCUGCAAGAGGAGGAAAUGGAUUGUUCUGAUGAACUGGAGCUUCAAAACAAAAAUGGGUAUUCUUCUGUAAAAUGUUCAGCUGAAGAGCCAGAACUUGGAAAGCCUGAGGGACAAGUGCUGCAAGAUUCUGGCCAUGUGGCUGAUAUCUUGGUACACAAUUUAGACUAUCCGGAAAAUCGAUUCUCAGAGAUGUUCGUGAGCUGCACCACCUCUGAAGAAAUGGAGGUGGAAGAUGAAACUCAAAGCAAUAUGCCUUCCACUAAGUUGGAAUCUUCUAAACAGUUGUUCAGUGUUAAUCCUUCCUCACCGCCAGGCAGAGAAUCCACCUUCCUUGAAGUCGUGGAUAGUGACGCUUCAAAUGUUUCUCUGCUGCCUUCAGACACACCAGCAUCAGUAAGUGGACAGUCAAAAUGUGACAUUUAAAAGCCAACCAUUGGAUUAUGAUGAUACACACCUUCCAGCUUACUCUGGUUUUAACUUCCUAUGUCAAAUGUCUCUAAAACAGUGUAGCAAUGUAACCAGUCCAUUUGAAAGUUCUAAAAGGUAUUUUGAGAGAUUGUAGGCAUGCAAGAAUGUGUGAGAAGAGCUCUUGGCUUACCUCAGAAAGAAGUUAAUAUAGGAAUAAGGGGGUUGUUGUUGAAUGCGUGAUUCAUGCAAGGUCACAGUUAUAGAAGUAAUGAGAUUAUGGGCAUCUCUCUUUUUCUAUUUGUGUUACACAUACUGUUUAGGUUCUGUUAAAUAUUUUUUAAGAACUUAGUAUCUCUUUGAACCUAAAAUCAGUAAAAAUGCUGAGCAGCAAUAAAUGUUUACUUAAGUGGAAUAUAAUAUAUUUAAAAUUACAAGUACCCUGAGUUAGGGGCAGGCUGUCCUGGACCAGUCUUACUCACCCUGGGAAGCCUUCAGAUGUGUGAAUUUUAAAUCCUGGUGUUCUGAACAAUAGCCAAUGCUGGAAUAUUCUGGGAAUUGAAGUUUAUACUUUUGGAGGUUGCUUAAGGUUAGAGCAGCUGAUUUAGACAUUACUGGACUACAGCCACAAUCAUUCUGACCAUUAACAAGGGUUAAUGGAGCCGGAGUCCAAUAUCACCACAGGUUACCCACAGACAUGUGCAAGACUUUCUAUCAUGGGAAUUCCAGUCUCAAAACCAGCCACUCUGGAAGUGGUGAGCCUGCCCAACCAUUUCUAUAAUGCUUGAAAUAGCUUGCCCCAUGAUUGGAAGAAACCAUUUUGGAAUUGGUUCACUUCCAGAACACUUGGAACAUCCUGUUGUGGAUCACAAUGUUCCAAAGUAGAAUGUUUUGCACGUGCUAGUUCCCCACUCCUGCUGUAAAUGAACAGGAAGAAUAUGGCUCUGAAUUCUCUUGAAUUUAUUAAACAAGAUGAGGUUUGGCUACAAUAAGUUUCCCUUUUUCCAGUCCAGUCGCAAACAAUGGAGGCAUUGAAUAUAUUCCUACUUCAGGCAUUCCUUGUUAAAUUAUUAUUUGCUUGUUCCGUUUCUAUUUGCUGGUAAGGAAAUUUUCUAUCAACACUUCUACUGAAGGAAUAGCAGAGUUCCUUUGUUGAAUAAAUUGUUCAUAAAACAAAAAGAAUGAGGUGAAUAUUUUCAACUCUUCAAUAUCCUCAUUCCCUUUGUUAUGGAAGGCAUGAAACAUAUGACCAUCAAAUGUUUGGCAUGGAAGAAUUAACUAUUCAACAUCUUUUAAAAAUCCAGCUUUGCAUGCAUCUCUUCAGUCUGUCCAUGUGGCUCACUCACAUGGAGACAUGGCCUGUAUGUACAAUUUAUAUAACUUCUGUAGAUAAGUUGCUUGAGAUUUCUCAAAUGGAAGGUGGGUCUUCAAGUGUAGCUGCAGAAAAGCAUAUCCACUCUAUACUAGCCUCUCUUUGCACAUCCAGGCCAGCAUUACGUGUUCAGAGCUUAAUAGAGGUUAAUAUAGACUAUGUAAAAAGGAUUAAACUCCCAAAUCUUGCCUCUAGUUAGAUUACACUUGAGCUCCCCUGUGUAGGGGAAAUUAAUUCUGGUGAACAUAAAUUUCCUCAUAUUCAUUCCUCAAAAUUAUAGAAAGGGCAAAUCCUCACAAAAUAUGAAGCAAUAAAAAUAGUGUCACAAAUAUUGAGCAGAUACAAAAUGUUAUUGGUUGAAAUAUGACAACAGUCAACAUUUUUGCAAGAACAAAACACGAUUGUUAUCUUCUCGAUCACUCAUUCAAAAAUUUCUAAAGUAGCACCACAUUCAAGUUUAGUUGUUUCUUCUUUCAGGAUUAGUGAUGAAGAAUCCCCAAAUAGUUAUUAUCAAGCUGCUUAAUUUAAACAGUAAA